AUGCUACGAAUGCUACGGCGCAAUAGCAAAGGGCCGACAGAGUUCAUGGCCGCAAGGACAGCCAGCACGACAGCCAUUGAGGAGCCUCAACCCUCUGACCGACUCACCUUCUUCCACCUCCCAGCCGAGCUACGCAACGAGAUCUACGAGCAUGUGAUAUCAGAUGCGACGCUCUCACUUCCCGUCACUUCUUCCACAGGCACCAUCUCGCAAAUGGCCAAAGUCGCGUUGAGAAGACGCAAGCCGGCACCAGCGGCGAGCAUCAAUGGCUUACUACUAGCCUCGAAGCAAUGCCGGCAGGAGUAUCUGUCCGUCCUUCUCUCCACCAUCAACGUCGUGGUAGAGAUCAAGGACUUUGACUUUGAGAAUCUCAUGCGCGUAUCAUCUUCGCUAGGCGACGUCGAAACACGAGCCCUGCAGGCCAACCGCAACCUCUGCCUCCUCCUGGACACACGCAACUGCACCCAAAAGGACCUCGCAGGCAUCCGCAGAUGGCUAGACUUUCGAAAGGAUGACAAGAAGCUCCUCCCCUGGAAGUACUCGUUCCCUCUGGACAAGCAUCUGCCGCCGUCGACUGUUGGACGCGUGAGAUUGAUGAGGGAGCUGGAGUAUUACGCUGACAACAUCUCUACGCUGGCUGUUGAUGUUGAUGAUGGGCAGAAGACGGAGCUGCGGGCAAUUAUUGACGCUUUUGAGGGUAGGGCGAUGUCGUUAGAGGAGGAUCUGGGGCGGGAUGGGCAGAGGAGUAAGAGUCUGCCGAGGAAUGUGAGGGGGCUUGCUGGGGGAGGGUUGAUGUAG